AUGAGGAGCUUGACGUCCGGCGACGACGGAGAGGGACGCUCUCACUCUCGGGAGGGUCCCUCUGGUGGGCGCGUCUUCCUGGAGACCUCCGCGCCGCUGUCCUCUACCUGCUCGCCUCCUCUCCGUCUCUCCGCGGACACUGAGGAGCCGAGACGGAGCAGCGCGGGACCUGUCUGUUCUGCGCCUGUCUCCUCUGCACUUGCGCGUUCUGCGUUCGGACGGACGCUCGCCGGCUCUGAGAGGCGAGCCGCUCUCGAGGCGCCUCGCGCGCGGUCCGCUCCUGGGCCGUCGGCUCGGCGCCGGGUGCCGCGGGUCGCGGGUGUGCGGCCUGGCGGGCGUUUGAAGAAGUCCCAAGGUAUGCCGGUGGCCAGAGGCCGCGAGGACCUGUCUCCGUCCUCGCUCGCGCGCCGCAGAGACACCGCAACUGGGGCCGUCGGCGCGGGUGGCUUCUUGCUCUGGACGCCCUCACCCGCCGAGUUCGCGGCCUGCAAGCCGCAGAAGAAGGACCGGAGCAGUCGCCGGAAGCGCGGGCAGGAGGACCAAGGCGGCCUGACGUCGGGAGCUGCGAGUGGGCCCCGCAGGACAGACGGGAGAGACAGGAGAGACAGCAACUGGAGCGAGACCAGCACAGUGUCUUGCUUCGGAACGGGGACGCCGAGUCUGAUGAGCUCGGGGAGUGUUCGCUGUUCCUCGCCGCGGCGCAUGAGCAGCAUGAGCGACAGCGUACCGCGGCGUCUUCGGGCCGGACAGAGUCGACGCGGCUCUUGGGACGUCCUGCCGCGCGAAGAGGACCGGAGUCUCCUCGACGGCUCGGACAACGCGACUGCACCCGGCGCGCGCCGCGAGAGGAGAGCCCCAGCGGAGGAGACAGACGAGGCGCAGCAGCAGGCGGCGAAGGCCGCCGAGAGUCUCGCGGGUGGACGCCUCGGUCAGUCUGUGAACCGCGGGCAGGGGGAAGGCGACGCUGGAGAGGAGAAGCGAGAGGCAGAAGAGGAAGAAGAGGAAGAAGAGCAAGAAGAGGAAGAAGUGGAAGACGAAGAAGUGACCGAGACAGUUGACGGGAGAGACAGGGGCGUCUCUCCUUUCGAGUCUGGCUGUGUGUUGGAUUCAAGCAGUUCCCAUCGAGAGUGUGACAAGCAACCUGUUGAUGGCGACAAGCUCUGUGAGGCUUCUGUUUCGCUUGAGGCUUCAGGGUCUUCAACUGGAGAGAGACCCAGAAGCCUCCCAGGCCUCGAUGAGGAACGACGCGAGGCCGGCGGGGUGCCACAGGUGUCUCCUCAUCCGCGACAGGUGGUGCCAGACCCCCUUGAGGAAGACGGGCGAGCGGCACGCUGUGCGCCAGGGGGUCGCAGGGAAGCUCAGCAAACUGCGGAUGCAACGGCCUGCUUCGACUUCAAGAGUUCCAGUUCGCAGUUCACGAACUGGGCCGGACUCGGGCCUUCUCGGAGUAGGCACGACGCGCCUGCCGUGCGUCGCUCUGAGUCAGGGGCCUUCUGGCAGGCCGUCGGAGCCGGCAACCUCCCCACCGGUGGCCGCGCGCCCACGAAGGAUGAAGAGAUGAAGCAGUUGGGUCGAGACCUCGCGGUCUUGUUGGUGUCUUCGCUUCCGCUUCUCCAGGACCCUGCAUGCAGUGCGGCUCUUCGGGCGCUCCUCAAGGCCCACCCACUGAUGGCGGGAUCGAGCCUGCAGGUGCCGGCCUCUGCCCUCGCGAGUCUUAGCCAGAGUCUGGACAUCCUCCUGCAACCACAGACAGGGAACGAGGCAGCGACUUCUUCCUCGCUCACGUCGCCUCUGGCCUCGUCUCUUGCCAGCGAUCCCUGGGACCUUGCAACACGACCCUGCCCGUUCGCCGAGGCCGCAGCGACCCCCGGGCGCCCGGUGCCGCGAGAGAGCGACUCCGACUACGCGGACCUUCCGCCCAUGGAUCUCAGCUUCCACGGGACUCCGGCGCUGCCACCAGCCUUCCCUGCCCCCGAGGCCUUUGGUCAGCUCCCCAGCCAGUACGCGAGUCCAAUCCAAAGAGACCUCGAAGUCAGGCAAGGCGACAGCGGCCCAACUGGAGCCGACGGGGCUGGCGACGGAGCCGGCGCGGCGAGCAAGAGCGCUCGGCUAGACCCGCGCCUGUGGCUCUCGAGAGCGUUGACGCAUGUCGCAGACUUGGUCACGGACCAGCAAAUAUCAACUCCCCAGGACAGUUUGAACCGCAGCGCAAAGACCGUCGACAAACGGUCUGUCUGGAACACCCGACCAUGUGUCUCUGUCUCGGACCCAAGUGUCUCCCUCGGGGUCGCUCCCGUUGUUUCAGAUGCUUCGAAUUCCGGCAGCCACCACGUUCGUUCAAUCGCUCCCCGACGAGUCGCGGACAACAGUCUUUUUCUGCCUUCAAACGCACAAGUUGUCUUCGAACAGGCGCCGUACCGUGGGCCCCCGCAAGUUCCUUCUGGUGACCCAGUGUAUCCUUCUUGUCGCUCUUCGCCUUGCCAAGCUCAUGGCCCGGUUUCCUCGGCGUCGUGGACUCCCGAUCCGGCCAACGCCACCCUUCCUGUCGACUGUGCACCUGCUCCGAGCGCCGCUGUCUGCCACGGAGUCUCACAGAGGCUGACGCUGCCUGAGAGGCGCAGCCUGCUGGCGCAUGCUUCCUCCAGCUACGGCCUCCCGGCGGGUCCAGAGGCGCCCGUCGGUGGCCGCGUAGGGACCGGUGAGGCGCAGUUGAUCGAGGCACCACCGGGAGUUUUCCGAGCUGCAUGCGCCCCUCAGGCGUUCACCGAUGUCGGGGAUGGCCUCGGGGUGGAACAAAGGGAAGGGGAUAGACCAGCGUAUGGAGCGACGCAGGGCUUCCAGCUGAGACAGGGACAUCAUCUGCUCGAGCGCGGGGACCAGUGUUCCGGGGACAUCUGGAAGGGUGCAGCGGGACCUGGAGUCAGAGACACUGAGACCGACAAGAGAGCAGCGGAGCGCAGCCUUCGCCUGACGCUUUUGCAGCCCUGGGCGGUCCCCAUUCCUGCAGAGGCGCCGGCGUCUCUCCGCGUUCUCCCUUAUGAAGUCGCCACUGCCCCGACGCCUGCGGGACUCCCCUACGGUCCUGCGCAUCCGGCUGGCUUCAGAUGCGCGCCUGGAGUCCCCUUUGAUGAGCCGACGCGCACACAGGCGCUCAGAGAGGGCGCGGUCGGCUGUAUGCCCCCUCAGGGGCUACCUUCGAGGCAAACGAGGCAGAUGGAUUCGGUUGCCGUAGUGGGUCCGCAACCUCCCCGUUUCUGCCAAGGAGACCCCAGAGUGCAUGCGCUUCCCUGUGGAUCUGCAGGCAUUGGAUUCGUGACCUCAGGCCCAGCCGGAGGACCAGUGGGGUCUGGAGACCUCCCUGCCGCCGGGGCGCAGGCGCUGCGGACGAGAGAGGAGAGGGUGAAAAUUGAGAGGAGCGCGCUAGAGGCCCCGAGGGAACGAAAGAGAGAAGACUCCCCGACCAAAGUGGCGGAGCGUGUGCGAGUCCUCGAGUUGGUUGGGCAGUUGCGCCGCCACAUGGGGCGCAUUGCGGCGUCAAUGUCGAGGAUGCGGCCUGUCUCCCAGGAGCUCUGUGGACGCGCGGAAGAGCGUGGACUGCAGGCGAGUCAAACGCCGAGACAGGAUAAAGCGAACGAGGUGCAGGCAGCUGUGGCGGUCUCCAGGGACAUCGCACCGCCACAGCUUCUCGACAGCUCUACUGGGGUGUCUAGCGAGCCGCCCGCGCUGCAUGCGGCGGAACACAGGCGAGGACAACAAGGGCGUUUCGACGCCUGUGUUUCUUCCGACAGUGAGCAGCGUCUGGCAGCUUCGCGGCGUCCUGAGGAAGUCCACGCGGAUGUCUAUCGGGUCCCGCCGGCGGCGUUCGAGAGAGGUCGAUCCGAUGUGAGGGAGGCAGGUGAUGUGUGUUUCGGUGAAGGUAAUUCUUUUCAUCCUUCGCAUCAUCGAACGGUGCCAGGGGCGUCGCCGCGACCUGUCCAGGAGGGCCGCUCUACUCCAUCUCAUUGCCUCGCCAUUUCCACUUCAGGAUCGCGCGCCCCGGAGCCGUUCUCGAGGGGUCCCGGAGGAGACAGCUGGCAGCCGCAGGCGUCCUCGUGUGCGGGGCGCCUCCCAGAGCCUGUGCAGGGCCCACAUGGGCCAGACAGCGAGAGGCAGGAGACAGCUGAGAGGCGAGAGACCGUCGACGCGAGAGAGGCGAAGGCGAUGCUGCGCCUGAUUCCCGACCUCUAUACUCGGCACCCGCCGGCCUUGGGGCUCCUUCUCCACGACUCCAUUCUCCCCUCUUUCUUUCCUCUCCAUGUGGCGGAAGUCGCGGCCUUUGCGGCGCUGCUCGUCCAGCAGCCACCCAGUGUCGCCGCAGUUCUCGAUGAGGUCUGCCUGUCCGCCUUCCUCUCCAGGGCUGAGAGACAAGCCGUGCAGAGCCGCAGCUGCGACGAAGCACCACUCCGAAACGCAGGCAUCCACAGACAAGCAGAAAGAUUCGAGAGCAGAGACGAGAACAGAGAAGAGACACCCGAGAACAGAGAAGAAAGCGACGAGGUACACCGUUUGUGGGUCAAGGAAGAAAGAACGUCCAAUGUCUUUGUCCGGAGUGCCGUCGAUGGAGAGUGCGGAGCCUGGGAGACGCGAGACGGUCGCGCAAGGGAGCGUAAGGAAGCGCCGCAGUUUCGCUCUCGAGGCAAAAACUCUGCUGCAACCAGAGCAGCAGUUUCGGAGCCGUCAGAACCGGGUGCGAGGGAGGAGCCUUCGGACUGUCUCGACACGCAAGAGACGGCGCAUGCAAAUUCCUGCCCUACGCGGGACGCGUCUCCUGCGAGUGGGCGGGCGUAUCUCAAUGCUGCCAAGCGGAUUCUCAGGUCCCAAGCAACGCAAGAAGAGUUUCUGGGGGAAGGCGGGAACCCCGAGAAAGAGACCCAGCAGGCUGAGCAGUAUGCGUCGCGGUUCUUGUCUUUCUGUUCGACGACACUGCCUCUCUCUUCGUUCUGCUCCUCCAACUUAUCGACUCACGGCGACGGCGAGGCGCCAGAAUCCCUCCUGUCUGUUCUUCCCUCCUUCGUCACGCUGCCUUCGUGCGUGGAGUCGACUCUCGCCUCUCUCGCGCCCUCGGCCCCGAAGUCCCAGGGGCUUCUCGCAGCCAACCUGCAAGCCGGCGCAGCAGCCUCAGACGCCCAGACAGAACCACCUCAAGACUUUCCACUUCAGCAGGUCUCUGCGCAAGGUUCGUCUCUCCAAGACUCUUCUGAGGUCUCAGAAACAACUCCUUGUCUCUCCAACUCACACGCUUCCUCAUCUUUUGCUAGUAGCUCCGUGGAGCCUGCGGCGGCCGUCUGUAUGGGGCGUGCUGUCUCGUCAGGCGCCGAGCUCGUGUAUGGGGAGGAGGCAGGGCCCUCAGAGACUCGAGGGGCAGGUGUCUCCUCGUCGGCGACGGUCGAGACGAGCGAUGUGGGCGCUUCUUGGGUUCCUGGGGCGUUCCACCUCGCAACUGCGACCAGAGGGCGAGAGCGGCGCGCGACCGGACAGGCUGCCUCGCAUGAAUUCUUCUCUUCCGCUCCACCCUCACAGCCGGUGUCUCCCCCAUUCUCUUUUCAGUCUCUCCGCUCGGCGCACACAGAGGCCCCUUGGUCUGCUUGGGCUACUCACACCUCCCAGCCGCCUCGCAUGGAGGCGCCUGAGGCCGCCAAUCCAAAUGCGGAGAGCGCGGCAGGCGACGACGCGGGAGUCCGGGAGGACGAGGUUGCUGGGGGUGCCCAUCGUGCAGGCAGUGACGACCUGGGGUCGGGCGACUGUGGCAAGCUCACCAGCGAAUCGCGCAAAUGGGAGAAAGCGCAGUUGUCUUCUCGGCAAAGGCGCGAGGCCUCGCGGCAUCUGCAUGCGUGCACUCGCCAGAACUCGAACCUCGGCCUCGCCCCCCAGAGCCGCGACGGCGAGUCGAGAUCCGUCACUGCCAGUGAUUUUUCUUCGGCGAUACAUGCGUCUGGCCUGCGACAGCCCGACGCACUCAGACACGGCACUGCUUUUUCCGGAGGCGCUUCUUUUUCUCAGGUGGAUUCCAGCGACUUGUGGUCUCUCUUUGCCAGCAAGCUCGUUCCCGAGACGUCGAUUCGCGAGUACGUCUUGCGUCUCCAGUGUUUCUCGCAGAUCUCCGCGCACGAGGCACUGAUCGCAUUGGUGUUGAUCUCUCGCGUCAUCAGGCGGCACCCGUACCUCCCGUUCGGCGCGCGCAAUGCGCACCGGCUCCUCCUCACGGCCUUCAUGACAGUCACCAAGGCUCACUCGGACCGUUUCAACACCAAUGGGCUCUGGGCGAAGUUCGGGGGUGUUUCUGUUCGUGAACUGAAUCGCCUGGAGCACGCGUUCCUUCUUCUUCUCGACCACCGAUGUCUCGUCGCGCUAGACGACUUCUGCGCCGCGUUUUGCUUGGUGAAAGAAGUUUCGAGAACCUUCCCCGCGACGCUGGUUCGCGCUAUUGCGGCAGACACUCGACCGUUUGGAAAACCUGCAGAGCCUCUGAACCCCGCAGGCGCGAACCGGCAAGCCGGAAACAGUCCUGCAUGCGCGGGCAGACACGAGAGGAGAGGGGAGAGCACAGGUGAGAGGAGAGGCGAAAGUGGAGCUGAGGGCUACCAUCUCGCCUUUGCUUCCAGUUCUGCUCACUCGCCUGAGACGGGUUCUUGUCCUGAGAAGAUUGGGGAAUGCGGCGUCCUCUGUUCUCGCUGUGGCGCUUGCGCUGGCACAGGGGCCUGCGCAUGCAGUUCUGGCGCGUGGCAGGAGGCUUUGGGGGGGACGGGAGGCCUCGGGGUCUUGCCCAACGGGCGCGAGGUUCCAGCGCGACCCGGCUCUGAGGGGGAACGAUUCCAAGAUGCUCUGAACUGGCGAAGAAGGUUGCCGGACCACCCGGAAGGCGAAUCGGGCGCUUCGUCGAACGCCUCGUUUCGUCAGAUCCCAGGCAUGAGAGGAAGCCCCGUGGGGGUGAACGUGGAAAGGCGUCUAGGGGAGGAGAAACCGGCGAGAGGCGGCACGACCUCACAGCGGAUUGGAGAAGCCUCUGGACUGACAGCGUCUCCGCAAAUGCUUCUUCCGGAUUUCGUUUCUUCAGCGACGAGUGAGGCGGAUUCGGGAAAGGGAGGUCGAAGCGUGGCAGCAGCCAACGGGGGCACCCUUUCGCAGGACUCUACUCUCUCUCGACAUCGAGGGACCUUCCACAGCACCGCCGAGAGCUGCAGAGAAGAUCUGAGAGGAGAGCUGAGACAAGAUGCGAGAGAAGACUCGGGGGACGCGUCGAUAAGGAGGGGCUCGUCCGCUUGUCAGGAGUCGCGAUUGAGGCGAGAACAACUUGGUGUGUGUGAGGAUUUACACGCAGCAUGCAGAGAGGCGGUGGAUCCACAGUUUUACAGGCGUCUGUUGGUGUUGCGGUCUUUCCCGUUUUCGUUUUUAUCUGCACAGCUGAAGAGGCGCGAAGCCGAGAGUGCCGGUGAGGAGGAGUGGGUGCUGGAGCAGAACGGAGGAACGCGUGCAUGCGACACAAGAGGCGCGUGUUUGUCUUUUUCUUACGGGCAGUGCGUUCAGUCGCGGGCAGGAAUUGAGGGGGGUCGGGAAAGAGAUACGUUUGAAGACAGGUUUCGAGAGGUCGCCAGGACGUUGACGCCGGAUGACUGGAUGUUGAUAAAAAACCCUCUGGCGAACCUGCUUUUUUGCCCGCACCCGGCCGCCGAGAGGCUGUGAAACUUCGGGAGUUUUUCUUCGCUUUUUCGUGGUGGAAACAAUCGACCACUUCCAGUGUGAGCCUUUUGCGGGGAAGCGAUGGCAGCGGAGCCCCACCCAGUUCGUUGGCAGUGGAGUGGGAUAGCGGGAAGUUGAGGCGAGGCACCACGAAUUCGAAGGUGGAAUCGCGGAUCGUGGAAAUAUCUUUGGAAAUGCUGCUCAAAUGCGGAAACACGCUUGAGAUUCACAAUCGCAAGAAAGUGGAGUGUUUCCGCAAUUUUUCCUUUUCGCUCAUGGGCAGGAAGGUCUCGGCCGCGGCCAGGUUGAAACCAAAAUCGACCCAUUGUGCGAGUGGCCUGGACCCUACACGGAAAUCUGUAUGCUUCUGU